AUGUACCUUCUUGUCUAUGUUGAUGAUCUCAUUCUAACGGGCAAUGAUCCUAACGCUCUCAAAUCCUUUAUCUCGUGUCUUCAUAAUGAAUUUGCUAUCAAAGAUCUGGGAGAACUCAACUACUUCCCUGGAUUGGAAGUUACCUACACUUCUAAUGGACUCUUUUUAAAUCAAUCAAAAUAUGCUUUAGAUAUUCUAUCCCGUGCCAAAAUGUUGGAUGCAAAACCUGCUCCAACACCUUUAAGCACGAAUGUCUCUUUUGUCUCUGCAAGUGAAUCUUUUUCAGAUACCACUUACUAUCGGUCCAUUGUAGGAGCACUUCAGUAUCUCAUGAUAACAAGACCUGACAUUUUGUAUGCUGUUAAUCAAGUCAGCCAAUUUUUACAUGCUCCAACUAUUGAUCAUUUCCAAGCAGUAAAACGCAUUCUUCGUUACAUAAAGGGCACUUUUGCGUAUGGGCUUCACUACAGUCAACCCGAGCAUACGUCUCUGCUGGGCUACUCUGAUGCGGACUUGGCUAGAUGCUUAGAAACUCGACGGUCCACCUAUGGCUAUUCUAUUUUUUGGGAGGCAAUCUAA